AUGACUCGUGGCGGUCCAUGCCGUAUCGGCGUUGAUGUCGGUGGAACUAACACCGACGCCGCUAUCAUUGAGAUCUCAGCAUCCGAGACAGAAUCAAGAGGUGUAAGGGCUUCAAGCAAAACGCCCACAACCGUUGAUGUCACAUCGGGGAUUCAUACUGUGAUUGAGGAUGUCUUGUCAAAGUCGUCCGUUGAUCGUCGAGACAUCCUUAGUGUAGCCAUUGGCACGACGCAUUUUGUGAAUGCUGUUGUGGAGGCAGAUGCACGACGACUUAGCAGGGUGGCUGUAAUUCGGCUCUGCGGCCCUUUCACAAAGAUGUUGCCGCCGUUUUCUGACUUUCCGCCGGAGUUGAAGAAUAUAAUGAGCGGGCCUGUUUUCUAUCUAGAUGGAGGACUUGAAAUCGACGGACGUGAGAUAUCUCCAUUAAACACUACUCAAAUUAAGGAGACCGUUCGAUCCAUCCAAGCCGCGGGAGUUGACAAGAUAGCUCUAGUGGGCAUAUUCUCUCCCCUAGACGCACAAGGACUUCAUGAAGAAACCUGCAAACAACUGAUACUUGAAGAAGACCCAUCUCUAUCAGUAGUAUGCUCACAUACAAUCGGAGAAAUCGGGCUCUUGGAGCGCGAAAACGCAACUAUCCUGAAUGCCUCAAUCUUAAGUCUCGCAAGACGAACAGUUCAUGCUUUCUGUGAAGCGAUGAAGAAGCUUCGUCUAGAUUGCCCACUGUUCCUAACACAAAAUGAUGGAACAUUGACAAAUGCCGCUACCGCGGCGGAGUUGCCAAUCAAGACAUUCGCCUCUGGUCCUACGAACAGUAUGACAGGUGCAGCAUACCUAGCCUCAUUGGACCGCGGAGAAUGUAGGACCCGAUCUGAAACUCAGGUUCUGGUUGUUGAUGUUGGUGGCACGACCAGUGAUGUUUGCGCAUUACUUCCAUCAGGAUUCCCGCGUCAGGCGCCGAAUUUUGUUGAGGUUGGUGGUGUGCGGACUGCCUUUUCAAUGCCGGAGGUACUCUGUGUUGGGCUUGGAGGAGGCAGUCGUGUCAUGUAUGAUGAAGCUUCGGAUAGUGUUCAAGUUGGCCCUGAAUCAGUUGGACAUUACCUGACUACUCAAGCUUUGGUCUUUGGUGGUGAGGUCAUGACGACCACUGAUAUUGUUGUGGCUUCGGGGAAAGCAGAUAUUGGGGACGUGAAGAGGGCCAGGGCUAUCUCCCCUGCACUUGUCAACAAAGCACGCGUUCAGAUCAAGAAGAUUCUUGAGCGAGCUGUUGAAGAUAUGAAGGUGUCCGAUUUGCCAGUGACUCUUCUACUCGUUGGUGGUGGGUCAAUUGUUCAAAUGGAUGAACUGGAAGGUGUUGCAGAAUGUAUAAUCCCGCCACACCAUGAUUCUGCGAAUGCCGUUGGCGCUGCGAUUGCGAAGGUUUCAGGUGAGGUUGACAUCAUUGAGAUAUUACAUGGUCGUGAUGAGAAAGCGGUGCUGGAAGAUGCGAAGCAGAAGGCUAUCGAAGCCGCUGUGGCUCAUGGUGCAGACAGGAGCGACACCAAGAUCGUUUCCAUUGACAAACUUCCUCUCCAGUAUGUCACCAACAAAGCUACGCGGUUUGUCGUUAAAGCCGUUGGUAGACUGGCGGUGUCUGCAAAUCACUCUCCAUCUACAAAUGGAGCAUCUUCAAUCAAUGGGUCUGAGAUUUAUACAAACAGCGAGAAUGGGCCAGAGCCAGAAAAACAUGUUAAAAAGAAAACAUCAGAAUCGCUACGAUCAAUGGUCAAGUUCUCCGCCUUCAUGGAUAUCGAAAGCUACCAGCCCGAUGUCCAAAACGGCAUAUGGUACAUCUCGCCCCUCGACCUAGAAUUCUUGGCAACAGGAACUGGUGUCCUCGGAACCGGUGGUGGAGGCUCCUCAUACCUCGAAUAUCUACGAUGCCUGGAAAGCCUGCGCAACUCCGGCAAAAGAAUGCGUGUCAUUUCUCCAAGUUACAUGAAAGAUUCAGACAUUUGCGUCUUCGGGUCAUGGUAUGGCGCACCAAGCGUGGGCAAUGAGCGACUAGCGGCCGGAACAGAGAUCAUGGACGCAAUAGAUUGCUCUGUUAGGAUAGGGGGCCAUACCCAUUUCGAAGCCGUGAUGGCGGAUGAAAUCGGUGGUGGUAAUGGACUUUCGACGUUCCCAUCCAGUGUUCACUAUGAUAUCCCUGUUGUGGACGGUGACUUGAUGGGACGGGCAUACCCAACUAUGGAACAUGGCACUCCAUACGUUUACGGUGAACCUAUCACCCCUUGUGCUAUGGCAGAUGCUCGAGGAAACACAUCCGUGGUUAUGAACGCCGAAUCAAACUCACGAGUCGAGACCAUGUUGCGCACUCAAUGUGUAGAUUUGGGCCUCAGUAUUGCCAUUUCUGCUACACCCUUGACUGGAAAAGCCAUCAAGCAAUAUGCCAUUCCGAACACAGUAUCGCAAGCAUGGUAUAUUGGACGUGCCAUCCACAGAGCCAGAAAAUCCAAAAUCAAUCUAGUCAAUGCUAUUUUCGAAACGACCCCCGGCUAUCUCCUUUACACCGGCAAGAUCAUCGACGUAAAGCGAGAUGUCCAAGAAGGUUACACAAUGGGCACGUGUACAAUCAUACCACUCAGCAAUGAGGAGCAAGAUCUCGACGGCCCAGUCAACGGCCACCAUGAUGAUACCCGCUGCUUGAUAGUUCCAUUCCAGAACGAGUUCCUCUAUGCUGCAUACGCAGACAUUGCAAAUCCCGACGAUGUCUCCCGCCAUGAGAUUAUUUGCACGGUCCCAGAUCUCAUUUCGAUUUUGGGACAAGAUGGUGAGGCGAUAGGAUCUCAGGAUCUGCGGUAUGGUCUACGUGUUAACGUGAUUGGUAUGGCUGCGCAUCCGCUUUGGACUGGAGAUGAGAGGGGGUUGAAGGUUGGGGGACCGGAGGGAUUUGGGUUGGAUAUGGAGUGGAAGACUAUUGGGGCUUAUCAGAAGCCUCCGAGUGUGAUUGACGAGUUUAAUAGACAAGUUUAG